UUCAUCAAAUCAAACCAAAAUCUUCAUUUCUGCAAGGAAAGCAAAACAAUGAAGAUCCUUAAAGCCCUUUUGUUCUUAGCCAUUGUAAUGUCAGUAGCCGCCAUUUCUGUUUCCUCAGCUCAACCACCAUCAACUAAAACCAAAGACUAUAAAGAACAAGCCGCCGCCGCCGGCAAACCGUUCUCUUUUGACGGCGGCCUGAAAGUGGCGGAAACGCCGACGUCCCUCCGGGGGAUCGGCCAUUUUCUGGCGCAGAAAGGGAAGGAGAAGAAGGCGGAGAAAACGCGAAACCAGACGUGCAACAAGAACCCCAGAAUCUGCCGCGCCAAGGGCAGCCCGGGGCCCGAUUGCUGCAAGAAAAAGUGCGUUAACGUGAUGAACGACCGACAGAACUGCGGGCUUUGCGGGAAGAAAUGCAGGUACAAUGAGACGUGUUGCAGAGGAAAGUGCGUCAGCACUUUGUUCGACAAGAACAAUUGCGGCGGCUGCCGGAAAAAGUGCAAGAAAGGGACAACCUGCGUCUAUGGAAUGUGCAGUUAUGCCUGAUACGAUGAGCAACUCAGUUGGUUUAUUUGUGAUAGAUUGUGAAAAGGACAGAAGAUCGAACAGGACAGCAGUUGCAUGCCUCAAGAGAAUUUAAUUAAGAUAAUUAAUCAUGUUAUUAUUUAUAGCUAUUUGUUAAUUAAAACAAAUUUUUUAUUCAAUUCUAAUUUCUUUCCAUAUAUAAGGCUACUCUGCAUGCAUAAAUGCAGCUUGUAUGGUUCUGUAUUCUUUUCGUUCUGUAUAUGCGUUGUUAUAUAUUUGUAUUAAAUGGAAAAUGUUAUUUGUUCAAAUUGAGAA